AUGGCUCCCCCUCCUAGUACUAGCACUACUAACGAUUUAAUCACUGAAAAACAUUCUUCACCACAUCCUCCAAAACUGACUAGGAGACUGACAGGGUUUUUACCUCAGGAAAUUAAGGCUAUCGAUGCUACAAUUCCCCUAAAAUCUAGAGCACUAUGGAAUAAAAAUCAGGUUAAGAAAUUUGACACGGCCGAUAGUUUCCAGCAAAGAUUUAUUGAUCAUGUCGAAACUACCUUGGCUAGAUCUCUGUAUAACUGUGAUGAUUUGGCUGCUUAUGACGCUACUUCAAUGGCAAUUAGAGAUAAUUUGGUCAUUGACUGGAAUAAAACACAACAAAAAUUUACCACAAGAGAUCCAAAGAGAGUCUAUUAUCUUUCAUUAGAAUUUCUCAUGGGUAGAGCUCUUGAUAAUGCCUUGAUCAACAUGAAAACUGAUGAUGAGAACACAGAUUCAAGAGAAAUGGUUAGGAACGCAUUAGAUGAUCUAGGUUUUAAGUUAGAAGAUGUUCUGGAGCAAGAACCAGAUGCAGGUCUAGGUAAUGGUGGUCUGGGUCGUCUUGCUGCCUGUUUUGUCGAUUCCAUGGCCACCGAAAAUAUCCCGGCUUGGGGUUACGGUAUUCGCUACCAAUAUGGUAUCUUUGCUCAAAAAAUCAUAAAUGGUUAUCAAGUCGAAACACCAGACUAUUGGUUAAAUUUUGGUAAUGCUUGGGAAAUCGAACGUAAUGAAGUUCAAUAUCCUGUUACAUUCUACGGUUACGUAGAGAGAAAUGAAGCGAAUGAAUCGACUCUAUCUCCAUCUCAAUGGAUUGGUGGAGAAAGAUUACUAGCUGUCGCCUAUGAUUUCCCAGUUCCCGGUUAUAAAACAUCGAAUGUUAAUAAUUUGAGAUUAUGGCAAGCAAGACCAACCACUGAAUUCGAUUUCGCUAAAUUCAACAACGGUGAAUACCAAAAUUCAGUUGAUCAACAGCAACGUGCAGAAUCCGUUUCAGCUGUAUUGUAUCCAAAUGACAAUUUCCAACAAGGUAAAGAAUUAAGGUUGAAACAACAAUACUUCUGGUGUUCUGCCUCCUUACAUGAUAUUAUUAGAAGAUUUAAGAAAUCCAAGAGACCUUGGUCUGAAUUUACUGACCAAGUGGCCAUUCAAUUGAAUGAUACGCAUCCAACUUUGGCAAUCGUAGAGUUACAAAGAAUUCUUGUCGAUUUGGAAAAAUUAGACUGGCACGAAGCCUGGAACAUCGUCACUAAUACCUUUGCUUAUACAAACCACACUGUUAUGCAAGAAGCUUUGGAAAAAUGGCCAAUUGGUCUUUUCGGUCACUUAUUGCCAAGACACUUGGAAAUCAUUUACGAUAUAAACUGGUUCUUCUUACAAGAUGUUGCCAAAAAAUUCCCAAAGGAUGUAGAUCUCUUAUCACGUGUUUCAAUAAUUGAAGAAGGUGGAGCUGAAAGACAAAUAAGAAUGGCCUUCUUAGCUAUUAUUGGGUCACAUAAGGUUAAUGGUGUUGCAGAAUUACAUUCUGAAUUAAUCAAAACAACAAUUUUCAAAGAUUUUGUAAAGAUUUUUGGUCCUUCGAAAUUCACAAACGUCACCAACGGUAUUACACCAAGAAGAUGGUUGAAACAAGCAAAUCCAAAACUAGAUGAAUUGAUUUGUCAAACACUGGAUGAUCCAAAGAGUAAAUAUUUACUGAAUAUGCCAAUCUUAACCAAAUUGGCUCAAUACGCUGAAGAUCCCCAAUUCCAACAAAAGUGGAGUGAUGUUAAAAAGUACAACAAGAUAAGGCUAGCAGAUUUGAUGAAGAGUCUAAAUGACGGAGUAGACGUCAUUGAUAGAGAACAUAUUGACGAUACUUUGUUUGAUAUUCAAGUUAAACGUAUUCAUGAAUACAAGCGUCAACAGAUGAAUAUUUUUGGUGUCAUUUAUCGUUACUUGUGUAUUAAACAAAUGGCUAAGGAGGGCAAACCAUUCAAAGAAAUUGCCAAAAAAUUCCCUCGUAAAGUAUCAAUCUUUGGCGGUAAGAGUGCCCCAGGUUAUUACAUGGCAAAAUUGAUUAUUAAGCUAAUCAAUUCGGUUGCAGAUGUUGUCAAUAAUGAUCCUGAUGUUGGUAGUCUGUUAAAGAUCUUUUUCAUUCCUGAAUACAAUGUUUCAAAGGCUGAAAUUAUUAUUCCAGCAAGUGAUUUAAGUGAGCAUAUUUCAACUGCUGGUACUGAAGCUUCAGGUACUUCAAAUAUGAAAUUUGUCAUGAACGGUGGUUUAAUUAUUGGUACUGUUGAUGGUGCAAAUGUUGAAAUUACUAGAGAAAUUGGAGAGGAUAACAUCUUCCUUUUUGGUAACUUGAGUGAAAAUGUUGAGGAUUUAAGAUAUAAUCAUCAAUACAACAAACAAGAAUUACCAAAAUCAUUACAGAUUGUAAUGGACUCCCUUGAAUCUGGCGUCUUUUCAACUGAUGAACAAAAGGAAUUCAAACCAAUCGUCGAUACCAUCAAACACCAUGGAGAUUAUUAUCUAGUUUCCGAUGAUUUUGAAUCAUAUAUUGCCACCCAAGAAUUGGUUGAUCAAGUUUACCAUAACGAAAAAAGCGAAUGGAUCAAGAAGAGCAUUUUGAGUGUCGCUAAUGUUGGAUUUUUCAGUAGUGACCGUUGUAUUGAGGAAUAUGCUGACACCAUCUGGAAUGUUGAACCGGUUAAGUCCUAA